CUGUUACUCGCAUUAUUCACCUGUUUUCUUUGCCCUUACCGCUCUCUCCCUCUCCCUCUGCCUCUUUCUCUACCUCACUCUCUUCACCCUCCAGCAGUCCACCCAAAACAGUUUGCCCGUCUACCGACAAUAGCUGACAUUGACUUGUCAAGUACGGCAAGACCCGAAUUGUGACAACUCCCACAGGUGUCUUUUGUGGCAAUCUCUGCCUUUCCUCCCUCUUCUUCUACCGACCCGAAAUUCCCUUGACGCUCGACGAUUGGUUAUAUCGCUCGAGUCGGUUGCGAUUCCAAGCCGUUCCGCAAGCCAAAAUUGCGACACUGAGCGUCAUGUCGGUCACUACGCAAUUUGCCUUUCGGACACUCAAGGGCAUCGGCGUGGUCAACGGCGCACCCAACUAUGAAGCACUUUCUGGAUUUCAGCGACCGGAAGGAAACCUCCGUUGUUGUGCCUACUCGCCAUGUGGCAGAUAUUUUGCAUGGGCCUCGCCCGAGAAGGUGAACAUCAUCAAUGCCGACACCGGUGCAAUAAUCUCAACCCUCCCUGCGGAAAACGUCUUCGAACUAGGCUUCUCACCCUUGGGAACUUACAUCAUCACCUGGCAGCGCCCUUCCAAGGACGAGAAUGGCGAUGCCGUCAAGAAUCUGAAGGUAUGGCUGGUCAUUGAUGAAAAGGCUUUGGCGGAAGGGGUCGAAAAAGAGUCGGUUGCUCGAUUUGUCCAGAAGUCCCAGACUGGGUGGAAUCUGCAGUACACCCAGGACGAGGAGUUCUGCGCGAGAGUGGUUACCAACGAAGUGCAAAUCUACCAAAGCCAUGACCUCACGACUGUGUGGAACAAGAUUCGUGUUGAAGGCGUGGCAGACUUCGCCGUCUCUCCUGGCAAGAGUCAUACUAUCGCAGUCUUCGUGCCUGAGCGAAAGGGACAACCAGCGGCUGUUCGAGUCUACAAGGUGCCAAACUUCACCACACCAGUAUCUCAGAAGAACUUUUUCAAAGGUGACAAAGUCCAACUGAAAUGGAACGACAAUGGCACUUCUUUGAUUGUGCUGGCACAAACAGAGGUCGACAAGACCGGAAAGAGUUAUUAUGGAGAGACUACACUCUAUUUGCUGAGUGCAAAUGGAGGGUUUGAUUCGAGAAUCGAUUUGGACAAAGAGGGCCCAAUCCACGACGUCUCAUGGUCGCCAAAGUCCAAUAGCUUCGCCGUGGUCUACGGAUACAUGCCGGCGAAGACCGUCAUCUUCAACUCGAAAGCUCAGACAGUACACACUUUUCCACUUGGACCACGAAAUACCGUGCUAUUCUCUCCCCACGGUCGUUUCGUGCUAGUGGCUGGCUUUGGAAAUCUUGCCGGGCAGAUGGACAUCUAUGACCUGGAGAAGGAUAUGACCAAGAUUUGCACCAUCGAAGCUAGUAACGCGAGUGUGUGCGAGUGGUCACCCGAUGGUGUACACAUUCUCACGGCAACCACGUCACCUCGCCUCCGGGUCGAUAACGGCAUUCGCAUCUGGCACGCUGGCGGUAACUUGAUGUAUAACGAGGACAUGAACGAACUGUAUCAUGUUUGUUGGCGUCCUCAGUCCGCAGAAAUGCAUCCUCUCGGCAAUAAUCCUCUGUCGCCUAUGCCUGUACCCCACAGCAGUGCCACGCAAUACAUGGCAGCGAGGAAGACGCCUAGCAAGCCGGCUGGUGCAUACCGACCCCCUGGAGCUAGAGGCCAAGUGACACCUCUCGCGUUUCGGCGAGAAGAUGAGGGAGGCGCUGCCUUUGUUCGUGAGGGCAUUUCGUCAUUCUCGAGUAAUAUCAAUGGAUUUGGCAAGUCUCGCUCACGGGUCGUUCCAGGUGCUGAACUCGCCGAAGAGAAUGGACCACUGCCACCUGGUGCUGCGCCUGGUGGCGGUGUGAGCUUGACAGGUACUGGUGAGGGAGCUGAUGGAGAGCCUAUGUCCAAGGCCGCUAAGAAAAAUGCCAAGAAGCGAGAGGCAAAGAAGGCUGCCGCCGCCGCGGCACGUGAGCAAGGAACCAGUAACAAUGGCCUUACUCCUGAGCAACAUGCUAGCCGAGGAAAGAGCCCAACUCGAAGUCCGGAUGGCCGUGGGCACCAGCGCAGCCGAAGCAGGAACUAUGUGCCUGCUCCUGGGCUGGAGCCGCCCUCUGGAUCAAAGAAGGAACGCAGUCGAAGCAAUAGCAGGCGCCAGCGCGGAGACACGGCCAGUUCAUCACACGGCCGCCCACACGCGAAUGGUACUGUUAAGGGUCCUGGACAUGGUCAUGCGCAAGCGACACCCAACCAAAAGGCUCGGAACGGCAACCAAUUGGCGUCAAUUGACACAUCUGCACAGAUACCACCCCCUCCACCGGUUCCGCAAGGGCAAGCUCCUCCCGACCUGGAGGUCACAAGCCCGUCAACUCCCGGCGGAAAUCCUCAAGAUAAGAAGAUUCGAGGACUGUUGAAGAAGAUUCGAGCGAUUGAGGAUCUCAAGAUGCGAUUUGCUGGCGGCGAGAAGUUGGAAGAUACGCAAAUUCGCAAGAUAUCAAGUGAAGAUUCGGUCAGGAAAGAGCUGUCCGCAUUGGGAUACACUGGUUGAAGUGAUGAGGGAAUCACGCAUUAUGGGAGAGGAAACAUUGGUACCCUGGAUUGACAGGUGUUCUUUUUAUUUGCACUCCUGGUUGAUGAUCAAGACAUGUGUGGUUGUGGUUAGUACAACUUACGGACCUCAUUUAGGUGUCUAUCAGGACUCAUGGACUGUGGUGAAAGGCCAGAUUUUUUGCAUAGCCAGGGAACAAAGGUUUUGGUGGCCAUGUAGGUCAUUAUAGUCUCGCUCGGACCGGCAGCGAGGGCUAAAGGAGUGAUUUUGUGCGGUAGACAGAAGAAGGGAAAAAAAAGAACACAAUCUUAUACCCUAACAGCUGAGAAAUGAAAAGAAGAG